CCGGGUGGCGGGUGCACUUCCGGGUGCGCGGCGGUGUUACCGGCUCGGGGGCGGCGGCACCACCAUGAGCACCAUGUUCGCCGACACCCUCCUCAUCGUGUUCAUCUCCGUCUGCACCGCGCUGCUGGCCGAGGGUAUAACUUGGGUGCUGGUUUAUCGGACAGACAAAUACAAAAGAUUAAAGGCUGAAGUGGAAAAGCAGAGCAAGAAAUUGGAAAAGAAGAAGGAAACGAUAACUGAAUCAGCAGGCCGACAGCAGAAAAAGAAGAUAGAGAGACAAGAAGAGAAACUGAAGAAUAACAACAGGGAUUUGUCAAUGGUUCGGAUGAAAUCCAUGUUUGCCAUCGGCUUCUGCUUCACUGCCUUGAUGGGAAUGUUCAACUCCAUAUUUGACGGCCGAGUGGUGGCAAAGCUUCCGUUUAUCCCCCUCUCAUACAUCCAAGGUCUCUCCCACCGCAACCUCCUGGGUGAGGAUUACACCGACUGCUCCUUUAUCUUCCUCUACAUUCUCUGCACCAUGUCAAUCAGACAGGGGUGCCAAGGAAACCUAGACUGAGGGACUCAGACUUCAAGCAGAUCAGCAAAGGGAAGUGGUGUGUAAUGCCAGGAGCUGGCGUAAGCUUGAUGGAGCAGCUCUGUAGCACAAGAGUUCCUUUAGUCACCAAGUGCAUGCUGGAUGGAAUUCCCCAUAGCCCUUUGUAUUGGGUGUUUGUGCUGAAAUGGAUCCCAGUCUGGCCCUGUGCAAAAGCAGACAAUGAACUGUAGAAUCAUUUGUGCUGAAAGGAUCACUUGGAGGUUCAUCUCAACACCCCUCACUCCAAGCAGCCCAGCUCCACCAAAGGCCAGGCAGGGGCCUCCUCACUGUCUUUGCUGCAGGACAAACUUUCACUUCCCAAUGACUAGAGCAGGGUUUGCUGCUUUGAAAUCACUCAGACAUAUUGAGCUCUUAAGAUCACCUUCCAGAAUUCCUGGGACGCUGUGGUCUGAUGCUGUUCCUUCAGGCAGUCUUGGUUGGUGCUGCUCUACGUUACCUGUUCCGUGGAAAGUCCUUUCUUUUCAGUGUUGCAGAUUAUGAUAGGAAAGCAAAUAGCACCACCAGCAAGAUUUUUCUGCACCUACUGGGUUGAUUGGGGAAUUUUCUUGCUGAAAAAUCCCUCACAUUUUGUCCAAAAAUAUCAUUCCUGUGGUGAAUUCUAAUGCUGGGGAUUUCCUGAUGUUUUAUUUGGUGAAAUUGGUGGGUGGCAUGAACUAAGAGGCAGAAAUGCCAAGCUCUUUGCAGUGGAUUGAGCUUUCCAUGAAACUUCUGGGAAAAAAAAAUUGCCCUUGUGCUUUAAAGUUCCUGCUGAUAUCCCUGUGGAGGAGGAGAGUGAGUUUAUUGCUUUGGAGAAGGGUGUGAGACUGCAAUCUUUAUAGUGCUGCCUUAUCUACGUGAUCAUGGUUAACAAGUCCUGCACUUCUCCAGCUGUGAGGCAGAUCAGCUCCUUCCUCCUUGCAACUCGAGGGAAGGGCAGGGGCUCCUCAGUUUGCACAAGAGGUCAGAACUGAAGCUGUGAUUGCUGCUGGCAUCCUGCUCUUGGCUUUAUUGCUAUUUGAGAGAACCUAGGUGAUAACAGCAUUGGGAAGAGGACUUCAGAGCUGUGACAGGCAGGGAGAGAGGGGAAGAAAGCAAUUAAGGGCUUAAAACGGUGCCAAAGACUUGCACUUUGUGCUUUCAGUGACCUUGGAGGUGAAGGCUCUGUGAUUCUUUGUAUUUCACUGUGUGCAGAAGGGGAAAUCUUGCCAGGUUGGCUUCAAAACAGGUGCUGGCCCAGGGGAGGACAAGUGUUGUGGGGGUUGGUGUCUGGCUUGAUGCUGCUGACACAAGAGGAGGAGUGGAGAUGUACCAAAAAUCAGGGAAAAGGUUGUGAACAAACCAAGGAGACCACAGUCUCUCAGCCUUUCCUUAAAUCCUGGAGCUGCCUGUGAAACCAUCAAAGCCAGGGAAGAGAGAUGUUCCUGUGGAGCUCAGAGGUAGAGCAGGAACUCGGGUGUGUGUGAAAAAACAGCGACCUGGUGGGAAAUGCAGGGGAGUCUGCGGGGGUAGGAGACUGCCUGGGCGGUGAUUAAAGUGACAUUAGUGGGACAGGCAGGAGCAGCAUCAGGGACUCUCUUCAUGUGGGGGUGAUAAACUCUUCAAACACUGACUGGGAAGCUUCUCUGCCUGUGACCUGGCCAGUAUCUCCCAAAAUAGUCACCUCGCAGUGAGUAACUUCCUUUGCGCCGUUCCCAGCUCUCCCUGGCACGUAAAUCCUGUCCCCUAGUUCCUCCUGCCUUCCUGUUUGGAGAGAGGAGGGCUGCUGGGAGAGGCCUUCCAAGGGUCCUUGAGCUGCUGGGUUUUCAGCUGGGAAACUGCUGCUGGGCUGGGUGGGAGGUGCAGUGUCAGGGUUACAUCCUCUGUCGCUGCUCCUGGUUCUGAGCUCCCAGCCUUCACCUGUGCUCUUUGGGAAGAGGGAUACGCUGCUCUUCCUGGGGUGUUUGCUGCUCUUCACUUCCUUUUCACACGCAUCUGAACUGUAGAUUAGGCUGCUUCUCACCAAAAUCUAUUCCCAGUGGGAAGGGGAGCCAGCAAUUAUCCCUACUGCCAGGACUGCACUUUCCCACAGAGCCUGCUCUUAGGGCAGGGAGCCACCUGCUGCCUUGUCUGAGGUCCCUUCUGGGUUCGAAGACCAAAGCAGGAGCAGCUCCUCUGCUUCCUGCAGUCAUUUGAGGAAAGAUCAGAGCUCAGAUGAGGGAUUUGGAACCCUGAAUCUUAGUCUUCACUCCCUGCUCUUGAGGGUGAUGGUCAUGCUUGUGUUGAAGUAGACUCUGCAGAUUUCCUUGUCCAGUGUGACCCACAGCAGAUGGGACAAGGUUUCUGCUGGGCCUUGGCCCAUCUUCGGUGAUUCCAGGUGUAGAUUUCAAGAUUGCUGUCCAGCAAAACGUGCUUUGGAGCUAGUGUGCCACGCUUUCUGCUUUCCAGAGCAGGGGGGAACUGCAUGGAAGAGUGAUGCUGGACGGUGUCUGUAGUCUGGAAUUCAGACAGACAGACUGUCAUCUCCCUUCGUCUUCAAGCAAUUGGAAUAAAAUUUAGCACCACAGUUCCCCUCUCUCUCCCUGAAAAAAGGAACGGGGAGGAGGCAGUGCACGCUUCCUUGGUUCCAUGGAUCCCUGCCAGGAUGUCUGCUCCGCGGGUGAGCUGCUAGGAAGCUGAGAGGACAGCGGUCCUGCGGGCUGCUGGCUCUGCAGCACCCUCUGCUGUGCUUGGUGUGUCCCUGGGCUGCUCCUUUCUGUCCGUGCCGCGAUCCAAGGAACACCAAACAGCAAGGAGUUAAUGCUCUCAUACAUAUUCAUCUGCUGAACAUCAACCAGUGGCUGGUUUAUGUAUGCCAUGGACUAAACCUGAUGUAAUUCCUCUUCAUGUGUUCCUUGUGUGUGGGCUGAAACCUUCCUUUUCAUAAUCUCCAGCUGGAAUGAGUCCUGAUUUUAUUUUAUUUUAGCUACUGUGGAAUUGCAAAACUACCCGCCUUUCCUUUUUCUUUCUUCUCUCUCUCUUUUUUAUUAGUUUAUUCUACUUCCAUGAUAAAAAAGUUCAAGAGCUCUGUGACCUUGCUGUCUGACCUAUCCUGACAGUUAUUUUGGAGAGGACACUCCAGCUUGAAGAGAAUCCUUCCUCCUUUUGUUGUCUCGAUAGCCAGCACUCAGCUGGUGACACGAGGAGGACACAGUUGUUUUCUUCUUUCCCCUGCAUCUCAGAUGUCCCUGUUUUGCCAGCACUGCAGGAGCAGCAUCUUGAGUGGGAGCUCCCCGCUCAGGGAUGAAACUGAAAGAACUGAUGGCUCUUUGUAGUUCCACUGUUGUGAAAUCUAAAAGAAAUUUCACAAAAAUCAAGAAAAACAUUCAAUUUAAAAUAUUUUGCUCUGAUUUUUUGGCUUAUGCCUGGUUCUGCUAAUUAAUUCUUCCCCUGUCUGUUGUUUUCCACUGAAACACCCCGCUUGGAUGCAGAUGAGGUCAUCCCAGUAGUCAGGUUUUGGGGUUUGCUCCAUACGUCCCGUUAUCCUGCAUGUCUCCAGCGCCCCAUUGUUCUGUGUGCAGCACUGGCAUUCAUGUUAAUUCUGGGACUAAGCUCCUGACUUGCACUUGGCACACGCUCUGGUUGCCAUGCUGCUGUCCCAAAUUCCAGCUGCAUUAGGAGACUCCAGCUCCCAUGGCCACCAGCAGCAGUGCUUUCUGGAAUUUGGGAAAACCGAGGGCUGCAAGGUCUGCCCGUGAGCAGGCACCAGGAACAUGCCCUGCAGUUAAAUUGCAGUGCUAUUUUAUGUGAAUAGUGUGUGUAAAGACAGCUGACAGUGGGGUGUGUAGCUGAAAAUGGGAAAGAAUCCU